CGCGUGUACCACGGGCGAAAAUAUCAACUUCAAUGAUUGUUGAUCUACCUAGUUCUGUUCGGCGAGCUCCGUGUCCGUCAAAGUGCAAGCCGGCCCAACACCUAAAGCUAUGAAUCAAAUCGAAGAACCCGAGGAAAUCGAGUACCAAAUGGCAGGAUCUACACUAUCUUGGACAACAUUCGCCAAUGGCACCACAUCAGUACCCAUUACCUCAACAGCUUCAUCUACGAGCCCCGAUAUAUCCUCACUUCUAGCCUUAUCCCCACCCUCACUGACGACCCCUAUCAACCCAGCAGUUUUUCCACCGGUGUUAAUCACCGUGACGCCUUUCACGAGUAAACCAUUCAGUUCAUAUUCCUCUACACCUACCCUGUCACUGGAAAGCUCACCAGGUCUGCCAAUCGCGGCCAUAUCGAGCUCGUCUGGAUCGUCCUUCUUCACGGAAGCGUCUGUAUCCAGUUCACGGUCAACACUAACGGCAACCCUAUCAUCGCCACUCCCAACUAAUACUGCAACUUCUGCCCCCGUAUCAAAUAUCCCGGCUUCCCAGCUAACCAGCGAGACAACCCCGUCAUCCCCACCCGGUACUCUAGGCUUGGGUGUCACAACGAACAUAGUACCACCCGAUAGCACGGCCUCGGUCACCAUACCAAACACGUCCGCAUCCCAAAUAACGAGCGACCCGUCCCCCAGCCAGACAGCAUUUUCCAGCGGAACUCAACCUAUCCCAUUCGAUACACCAUCACAGACCUCGUCAAUAACCAUCAUCAACCCCAGCAUUCCCUCCGCAAAUCCAACAAACCCAGCCACUCCGCCCCCCACCUCGAAGACGCAGCAGCCUCCACUACUCGUGAUCCUCGCCAUCGUCAUCUCCACCGUCAUCUUCCUGCUCCUCGCCACGAUCAUCAUCCGGAAAAUCGCCGUACACAAGCGGCGACGGCGUCGGCGGGAGUUCUUCCAGGUAGAGACGGCGCAGGAUAUUACGGCCCCGCCUCGAGGCGGCUCCACUCACUCGGUGUAUCAAAGCAUGUCCCGCGGCGGUGUCGUGAGUGUUGUGACUGGGGGCGAGGAGUGGCGGUGGUCGAGGGAUCACGUGGCGAGGCCGAUGGCGAUGUGGGAGGAGGAUAGGACUGAUGCCCGAUGGGGCAUGGAGCGGGGAGAUAGUACCUCGAACAUGAGACUUGGGAUAAUGGGCGGUGGUGUCAGGGGUUAUCACGAUGUGGAUAGAGAUGGGAUUGGGACGGCGUUAUAGUGACCAUUGUCAGGAUUUCGU